GUUGUAUAAAACUGUCGACUUCUUGGUCGAAGACAGCUGAUACUAAUAAAGACAGCAAGAAAUCAACAAUCUUAAAGCCCAUAGUUAGUCAAUAAUUAGAGACCAAUUGUUAAAUAUAUCAUUGUAUAGUUCAGGUUAAGACACAAUCAAAUAGCUCUAACAAAUGGGGAAGGUAUAUUCCAUUGUCAAACAAAGGUCAAAGGCAAGAGAGUACUCCAGAAUAAAGGAUCACCAAAUGAAUAUCAUGUAUGCUGAAGUAAACCACUUGAAGAAGCUUCUGUUUAGAAGAGAAGGGCAGAACAGAUUUAUUCUCUUUUAUUCCGAUAGUUGUUACACUCAUUAUAAAUACAAAAGGGCGAUCUCCCUCAAGCCCAGAUUCCACCGCCUCGAUAGGCUGCGGUUUGAAGGUAUCCAAGUGCACAGUGAGAAAGGUUCCAGAUCUAAGCAUAGUUGUAGCGAUGCAAUCAACAGUAUUAGUGCUACAGAGACAAAGAAUUUUUCUUUCUGUGGGGCUGAAUAUAUUUUAAUGAACUUUAGCUUCUAUUCCAGAAGGGUUUGAAAAGCCAUGAGUGCAACUUUAAGUUCAAUCGAGCUAAAAAGACUCAGGAUAUCUCAUAAAGAUUUUGGACGUAUCCUUGUCUCAGUUACUAGCAAAUGCAAGCUAUCUAUCUGCAUGUGCAAGGUCACAGUGAAUCACUUGGAGUAUCUCAAUAAUGCCAGAGUUGCUAUCUCGCAUUUGGUGUUGUUCAUAACGGAGAUUUUUCAGCCUGAAGAAGACAGUGAACAUUAUGAUGGCUUGACUACAAAAAUAGCAAGAUCUAAGCUCAAUUCUACUCUGAGCCAACUAGAUAUCUAUCCUGUCAGCUUUAAGCCUGCUAGGCUUAACUCUAGAGGUCAUAAAAAUUUAGAGACUGUAAAACUCAUGAAAGGGAACAUCAAUAUCAAACUAUACUCUUCUGGGAUCAGAUACUAGACACACCCAUGAUCGGAUUCACAAACCUUGAUGGCUUCCAGCUUU